AUGCAAGAUGAGACGCUCCUGUUAAUUGAGGUCGGGGCUGCUUUGGGCCUCGUUGCUCUUACUUCGGUUCCGGCCCUCACAGGUUUCCAACUUCGUUCCCGCAAGCCUAAGGAUCACUUUUACGAGGACAAGGACGGAAAAAGCACACCUGAGGCCUCUGCAGCGUUUUCGAACCGCUGGCCCAAGACUUUUAUCAACUUAUUCGCAUUUGCUGGACUCGCUCUCUCCGUCGCCAACUCCACAUUAGCUACCCUCUCGCUCCACACCGGCCAUUACGACAAGCUGUUCAUAGCAGAAUGGCUUUCCACCGGUAUCUGGGCUCUGCUGGCACUGCAAUCCGUCUCUCUCGCCGCAUCUAACGACUCGGUUCACGCCUACAACCUCGGAUUGCUGAUCUGGUUCUCCGGCCUCGUCUUCUCCGCCGUCCAGGUCUUGCAAAACACGGAAGUUUUCGGUCAUCUCUUGGAGAGCAACCCGGUGUCUUUCGGUCUCAAGAUUGGUGGUCUGGUCGCUUCUGUGGCUCUCACUGUUACCGGCCUCUUUCUCCCCAGGAGACCGGACGUUUUCUUCGACGGCAAAGUAGUUGAUCGCCUGGCUACCGUCAGCGCAUACAGCCGCUACACUUGGGGCUGGUGCAAUGGCUUGCUCGACGACGCCACCAAAAAGGGCGACCUCGAGGUCGACGAUCUUCCCAAGCCAGACCACUGGACGCGUUCUGGCGACUCGGCUAAGACGUGGAAGGGGUACAACUUCAAGGAGGGCGGAAAUCUUUGGUGGUCCAUCAUUUGGGCGUACCGCGUGCCUCUGGCCGUUCAAUGGACCAUUGCUCUGUCUAAGUCGUUUUUGAGCAUGGCUCCGUCGUUCGUUACCCUGCAGAUUCUUACUGCCUUGGAGAAGAGGCGCCCGGGUGAGCCGCUCUCCGCGGACGUCUGGAUCUUGGUUUUUUGGCUCGGACUGGCCAUUCUCGCUGAUGCUUGGGUUGAAGCCUGUAUGUUUUGGCUCUCCUGGGCGGAAUUGUGCAUUCCUCUCCGUGGCGCCCUCUCGGCCCUUAUUUUUGAGAAGUCCAUGCGCCGCAAAAACGUGAAGGCAGCCUCCAAGACCGACGAAGAGUCCAAGGAUGGCGAGGCCAAUGGUGAUGACAAGAAGGACAAGAAGGACGACGACGAGGACGCCGAAGAUGACAGUGUUCUCAAGUCCCGCCAGGCCAUUAUCAAUUUGAUCGGUGUCGAUGCCAAGCGCGUUUCCGACUUUGCUGCCUUCCAGUUCCUCUUCCCUAGUAGUACGGCGAAGCUGGCGGUUGCCAUUUGGUUUCUCGUUUACUUGCUUGGAUGGGGACCUCUGGGCGCCGGUCUUUUGGCCUGGGCUGUUCUCCUCCCCAUCAACUUUACUUACGCCAAGAUUUAUUCGAGGGCGCAAGACAAGCUGAUGAAGAUCAGAGACCAGAAGCUCGCUGUUGUCAACGAGGCGCUCGUCGGCAUGCGUCAAAUCAAGUUCUCCGCGCUGGAACCUCAGUGGGAAAAGCGAAUCCUCGAUAUGCGUGAGAAGGAGCUCGGUGCUAUCUGGCAAGUGUUCAAGGGUGACACUGUGCUCUUUGGCAUGUGGAUCACCAGCCCCAUCGCCUUGGCCGCCGUCUCACUCGCAGUCUACGCCUUGAUCAACGGCAACCUUAUUCCCUCGGUCGCCUUUGUCAGUAUUGGUGUCUUCAAGAACCUCGAGGUUACCUUGGCUGUCAUUCCCGAGCUUAUAACGGAUGUCAUCGAUGCAAAUGUUUCCAUCAAGCGAAUGCAGGACUACCUCAAUGGACCCGAAAAGACCCAAACCGUCACUAAUGGUCCCGACGUUGCCUUUGAGAACGCUUCAAUCGCAUGGCCGGUUGAUGAGGAGACCAAGGACGAGGAUCGCUUCAUCCUGCGAAACGUCGACGUUACUUUCCCUGCUGGGGAGCUGUCUGUCAUUUCUGGCAAGACGGGUACCGGAAAGAGUCUGAUCCUGGCGGCUCUGUUGGGCGAAUCUGAUCUUCUGUCUGGCGCAAUUUACGCACCCAAGCCCCCUUCCCUGAAAGAGCGCCACGACGACAAGGCCAACCGCGACAACUGGAUCAUCCCUGAGAGCAUCUCUUUUGUUGGUCAGAUCCCCUGGAUUGAGAAUGCCACCUUGAAGAAGAAUAUUCUCUUCGGGCUUCCUUUGGACGAGGAACGGUACAACAAGACUAUUGAUGCAUGCGCCCUGAGGAAGGAUCUGGAAAUGCUUUCGGAUGGAGAUAAGACCGAGUUGGGAGCCAACGGCAUCAACCUCAGUGGCGGUCAGAAGUGGCGACUUACCCUGGCUAGAGCCAUCUACUCCCGCGCCGGCAUUCUUGUUUUGGACGAUAUCUUCAGCGCGGUUGACGCCCACGUCGGUCGCCACAUCUACGAGAAAUGCUUGACCGGCGAGCUCUGCAAGGGGCGCACUCGUAUUCUUGUCACGCACCAUGUCGCUCUUGUUGAGCCAAAGACCAAGUUCAUCGUUGAGCUUGGAGACGGAACCGUUCAACACUCUGGCUUCAAGUCUGAUCUGGAUGAAGAUGGAACGCUGCAGUUGAUCAAGAGUCAUGAGCAGUCUGCCCAGGAGAUAGCUGAUGAGGAAGCCGCCACGGCCGUCAACUCGGAGGAAGCAUCUGACGUCGAUGCGCCCGAGGUUGCUGAACUCAACGGCGAUGGCGGAGUCCUUAAGAAGAUCCCCUCAAAGGCUACCCGUCAAUUUGUCGAAGACGAAUCUCGCGAGCAGGGUGCCAUCAAGAAGCAUGUCUACGCCGCCUAUCUUAGCCAGAGUGGUGGCUGGCCUUGGUGGGGCUUUGGUUUCUUCCUCUUUGCUCUCUACCAGGGCGUCGUUAUCGCCCGUUCCUGGUGGUUGCGUCUUUGGACCGGUCACUACGAAGAGCAAAGCCUCAACACACUCGCGACUGUGCACCAGCAUGCUUAUGCCUACACUCUCCAGGACAGUUCUCUCCAUGCCCCGCACGCUGCGCCUUCAGGGUUCGCCCGCAUUCAAUCCGAGAAUGACGAUUUUUACUUCUACCUGGGUAUCUACGUCGGAAUUUCCGCCUUCUCUGCCAUUCUGGGAACCGGUCGCUUCUUCUACUUCUUCUGUAUGAGCUACAAGGCCAGUCAGAGCAUGUUCAAGGGUAUCACUAGGACUGUUCUCCGCACACCGCUGCGAUGGCUCGAUACCGUACCCACCGGCCGCAUUCUCAACCGUUUCACUGCCGACUUUAACGUCAUUGACAACAGACUCGGCAUGGAUCUUUCUGGUGUUUUCGGUGCCAUUCUCAGCGUCAUUGGAAUUUGCAUUACGGCGUUCUCGGUCUCUCCCAUGAUCAUUCCCUUGGCUGUUGUGCUUCUGUCCAUUGCCAUUUGGAUCGGCAGGCGCUACCUGGCCGGCGCCAGACCCGCGAAGCGACUUGAGAGCACCGUCAAGUCCCCCAUCUUUGAUCUUUUCGGUUCCACUCUGACUGGUAUGAUGACCAUUCGUGGAGCUGACAAGGCGCAGACUUACGUUGACGCCAUGUACACGAGGCUGGAUGACUACGGGAUGGCAUCGUGGUACUUGUGGCUGUUCAACCGAUGGAUGGGCUGGCGCAUGUCUCUCAUCGGCGCUCUGUUCUCUACUGCUGUCGGUCUUGUUGUUCUUGGCAGCCCGUACAUGAGUGCCUCGCUCGCCGGUUUCACUCUUUCCUUCGCGCUGGAGUUCUCUCAAGCUAUCGUCUGGUCCAUUCGACACUAUGCCAACAUUGAGCUCGACAUGAACGCAGCCGAGCGUGUGGUUGAGUACUCCGACCUCAAGACCGAAGACCAAGGUGGUGUUGAGCCCCCUGCGACCUGGCCAACUGAGGGUCGCGUGGAGGUCAAAGAUCUUGUUGUGAGCUACGCCGAGGACUUGUCGCCCGUGCUGAAGGGUCUUACCUUCAGCGUCAAGCAAAACGAGAGAAUCGGCGUAGUUGGUCGUACAGGAGCUGGAAAGUCGUCCUUGACCUUGGCGCUGUUCCGUUUCUUGGAGGCCAAGUCCGGAAGCAUUCAUGUCGAUGGCGUGGACAUUUCCAAGAUCAGGCUUCACGACCUUCGAUCCCGAUUGGCCAUCAUUCCUCAGGACCCCGUUCUUUUCUCUGGCACCGUCCGCUCCAACCUGGAUCCAUUUGAUAACCAGACCGAUAUUGAACUGCGCGACUCUCUUCAGCGCGUGCACCUCGUCGACUCGUCACCCUCGACCCCUGGCGAACCCUCCAGCAGCGCCACGCCCUCACUCAACGGAGCCAAGAACGUCAACGUCUUCCGCAACCUCAACUCGGCCAUCUCCGAAGGUGGCGGCAACCUUUCCCAGGGCCAGCGCCAACUCCUCUGCCUUGCUCGCGCCAUCGUCUCUCGUCCCAAGGUCAUGGUCCUCGAUGAGGCCACCUCUGCUGUCGACAUGAACACUGAUGCACUCAUUCAACGAUCCAUUCGCGAGGAGUUCAACGACUCAACGCUUAUCGUCAUUGCCCACCGUCUUAGCACGAUUGCUGACUUUGACCGCAUCUUGGUACUCAGCGACGGCUCGGUCGCCGAGUUCGGCUCACCGAAGGAGCUUUGGGACAAGGAGGGCGGUGUGUUCCGUGGGAUGUGCGAGGAGAGUGGUGAGAAGGAGAAGUUGAAGAAUAUCAUUUUUGGUUAG